UUUUUUGGAAUAAUGUUUUGGAAUGUGUUCAGUUGUUUACUUCCACUAAACAAAAUGUUUUUUUCUUGAUAAGAAUCUCUAAUAUUCAAUAAGCUGUCCUCCUUGCUACUACCCAAAUUAGGGCAUUUUACAUCAAUUAUAUUUAGUGACAGUAUGUAAGUUACCUCAUCAGCAAUCAAAGUAUCCCAAGCAGGCUCCCGUGUGAAAUAUUGAAAGCACCAUGGUAUCCCUUGCUCUAUCGCGGCACAUGUUCAGAGAUGUCUCCUACCUACCUUGUCUCACAAAGUUGACUGUUUCAGAAUCCAAUGUGAGAUGUAUGUCAGCUGUUCCCGGGCCCAAACCAGAAGGGCCAAAAACUGAACCAAAUUCGCAGAAUACUGAUGACAGAAAACCUUUGAUACCGGACAGAUAUCGUUUCAAGUAUCCUGAUCUAUUACCGCUUCCUAAGAUGGAGUGGAGGAAUGCUAUUCGUGAAAAGCUAGAGAGAAGGGAUCAAAUGGCUCGGAGAAGUCAGAUUGACAUCCCAGAGUUCUAUGUUGGCUCAGUCCUCGCUGUUUACCAAAAUAACAGACACGCUGCUGAUAAGAAACAAAAAUUUGUUGGAAUUUGCACUCAAAGAGAUGGCUAUGGUCUGCGGGCAAAUUUUGUACUUCGGAAUGUAAUCGACCACAUAGGUAUGGAAAUCAGAUACCUCCUAUAUGACCCAACUAUAGAGAAAAUUGAAGUUUUGCGCUUAGAGAAAAGGUUGGAUGAAAAUUUAUUAUACCUGAAGGAUGCUCCUCCAGAACACAGUACAUUUCCUCUGGACAUGGAGCCUGAAUUCAUUGCGGAAGAUGAACCAGUACCCAUCAACCCCGUGCAGGUAAAACUGAAACCAAAACCAUGGCGUAUGAAAUGGGAAAAGUGGGGCAUGAAAGGAAUUGCACCCGACUCCUUUUUUCCAGGACAAUUAAAAGGCAAAAUACCUUUAGUGAAGCCGUGGGAUGAAAUGGAUUUAAUGAAACAGUACAGACAAACCAUUCCAGAAGAGGAACAGCAAGAAAUAUACGCAGAACUUUACACGGAACUUCAUCAGCAAGAUGCGUCCCGGAAAAGAACUAGGAGAAAAGACUCGAAAAAGAAAAAGUAGUUGUAAGAUUGCCACUUUUGUUACUUUCUUAGGGACAUAUGUUUGUUAAAAUUUUCAUAUGAUUUUUUAAAACUUUUUCUCAAUAAACUGUUCAUGUAACACAGAA